AUGCCAAAAGCUAAUAAAAAGGACAAGAAAGAAAAAGAGGAAGAAAAGCCUGGGAUCCGGACAAUCAAAUUCAGGAACCCGAAUUUUUCGCUUAAAAAAGGUAAAAACAAGCCAUUCAAGACUUUUAAGCAAAUUCUUCAAGCCGAAAACUACGAAUUUUACCCUCCUAAUAUCGCGAAUUACCAAAGUAUAGAGGCAGGUCCCUCUACAUGCCCAACGAAAAAGUAUUGCGACAUUUCUGGCCACCUCGCCAAAUAUACUGACCCUAAAACAGGAUUAAGGUUUUGCCAAGCCUACGAAUACAACAUCAUAAAAUACCUCAGUCAAGAACACAUAGAAAGCUAUUUAGCAUUAAGAAAAGCAGUUGUGGUUAUAAGAUAA